AUGAAGUUCUUCAUCGAUGAUCUUCCCAUUCUUUUCCCGUAUCCCAGGAUAUACCCCGAGCAAUAUGCCUACAUGUGUGAUCUGAAAAAAACUUUGGAUGCGGGUGGGCAUUGUGUCUUAGAGAUGCCUUCAGGAACAGGGAAAACAGUAUCAUUGCUGUCUCUUAUUGUGGCCUAUCAACAGCACAACCCGGAACAUCGCAAAUUGAUCUACUGCUCGCGUACUAUGUCGGAGAUUGAGAAAGCCCUUGCAGAGUUGAAGGCUCUUAUGCAAUACAGAGCUCAAGAGCUCGGCGAGGAAGAAGAGUUCAGAGGUCUUGGGUUGACUAGUCGAAAGAACUUAUGCCUUCACCCUUCAGUAAAGCAAGAAAAAAGCGGCGCCAUCGUCGAUGCUCGUUGUCGAAGCCUCACAGCAGGUUUCAUCAAAGAGAAGAAAGACCGAGGUGAGAACGUCGAUGUGUGCGUUUACCAUGAUAACCUGGAUCUUCUGGAGCCGCACAAUCUGAUCCCUAAUGGAGUUUGGACCUUUGACGGCCUUUUGCGCUAUGGCGAACAACACAAACAGUGCCCUUAUUUUACUGCAAGACGCAUGAUGCAAUUUUGCAACGUCAUCAUCUACUCCUAUCACUAUCUGCUUGAUCCCAAGAUCGCCGAAAGGGUUUCGAAAGAAUUGUCAAAAGAUUGCAUCGUCGUCUUUGAUGAAGCUCACAACAUUGACAAUGUCUGCAUUGAGUCACUAAGCACCGAUAUCACGGAGGAUUCUUUACGAAAGGCAACAAGGGGUGCACAGAACCUGGAGCGGAAGAUUGCGGAAAUGAGAGAUACCGAUCAGGAGCAGCUUCAGAAUGAGUAUCAAAAACUUGUUGAGGGAUUGCGGGAUGCCGAUGAAGCAAGACAAGAGGAUGCAUUCAUGGCAAACCCAGCUUUGCCGGAUGAUUUGCUGAAGGAGGCCGUACCGGGCAAUAUCAGAAGAGCCGAGCACUUCGUUUCCUUUCUCAAGAGGUUUAUCGAGUACCUGAAGACGCGAAUGAAAGUCAGGCACACAAUAUCUGAGACACCUCCGUCUUUCCUUGCGCAUCUCAGAGAGUACACUUUCAUUGAGAAGAAACCCCUACGAUUCUGCGCCGAAAGAUUAACGUCUCUGGUAAGAACACUUGAGCUUACCAAUAUUGAAGACUACCAGCCUCUCCAAGAGGUAGCCACUUUUGCAACCCUUGUGGCAACAUAUGAGAAAGGGUUUCUCCUCAUUCUGGAGCCCUUUGAGUCGGAAACGGCAGAGGUGCCUAACCCGGUCAUUCACUUCACUUGCCUCGAUGCUGCUAUCGCAAUUCGACCAGUUUUUGACAGAUUCAGCUCUGUCAUCAUUACGUCGGGUACCAUUUCCCCCCUAGAAAUGUAUCCUAAAAUGCUCGGUUUCUCGACCGUGGUGCAGGAGUCAUACAGCAUGACAUUAGCAAGAAGAUCCUUCUUACCCAUGAUUGUAACUCGUGGAAGUGAUCAAGCUUCCGUAUCAACAAGUUUUCAGGUCAGAAACGAGCCCAGUGUAGUCCGCAACUACGGCACACUCCUCACAGAAUUCGCCAAAAUAACCCCUGAUGGCAUGGUGGUUUUCUUUCCGUCGUACCUUUACAUGGAAUCGAUCAUCAGCAUGUGGCAAGGAAUGAACAUACUCGAAGAGGUCUGGAAGUACAAGCUCAUUCUUGUGGAGACUCCUGACGCACAAGAAACUUCCUUGGCGCUGGAAACAUAUCGAACGGCCUGCUGCAACGGUCGCGGCGCUGUACUCCUUUGCGUCGCUCGGGGAAAGGUUUCAGAGGGCAUCGAUUUUGAUCAUCAAUACGGCAGGACUGUCUUAUGUAUAGGCGUGCCAUUCCAGUAUACUGAAUCUCGGAUUCUUAAGGCAAGGCUGGAGUUUCUUCGAGAGACAUAUCGCAUACGAGAGAACGAUUUCCUCUCGUUCGAUGCCAUGCGACACGCCGCCCAAUGCCUGGGUCGCGUCCUGAGAGGCAAAGACGAUUACGGAAUUAUGGUGCUUGCUGACCGCAGAUUUCAGAAAAAGCGAGCGCAACUGCCCAAGUGGAUCAACCAGGGCCUGCUUGAUGCCGACACAAACCUUAGUACAGACAUGGCUGUCAGUAGCGCACGUCGUUUCCUCAAACAGAUGGCGCAGCCGUUCAGGGCUAAGGAUCAAGAAGGUGUGAGCACAUGGAGCUACGAGGACCUGAUGAAGCACAAAGAGAAAAUGGAUUUGGAAAGAAUCCAACAGCUCGAAAAUUCUAAAGUCGAUGACUUGCAGGGUUACGGCGUUGAUGGGGGAGACGAAUAUGGCAUGGACCAUGAUCUCGACCAGGACUUAAUGGAGCUAGAUGAUGGUUUUUGA